AUGGUGAUUGUUUUGUCUAUCAUGUUUAACCGCAAUUUUCCUCUUUUCAACUCCUUUGGCGGGUUUUAUCCUCAAAGCAUAGAUACAAGAAGACCGGCUGGAACUGGGUAUACCAGCAAAGUCCGUGUACGCGACAAAUAUCACAUUGUUGGUUUCAUCAGCAGUGGUACAUAUGGCCGAGUAUACAAAGCCCUGGCGAAAGAUGGCCGGAGGGGUGAAUUCGCCAUCAAGAAAUUCAAACCGGAAAAAGAAGGCGAGGUCAUCCAAUACACCGGCCUCUCCCAAUCCGCCAUCCGGGAAAUGUCUCUUUGCUCCGAACUAGACCACCCCAAUGUGGUCCAACUAGCAGAAAUUAUCCUCGAAGACAAAUGCAUCUUCAUGGUCUUCGAAUACACAGACCACGACCUCCUCCAAAUCAUCCACCACCACACCACCCCGCAAAGACACGCCAUUUCAGCCCCAAUGGUCCGCUCAAUUCUCUUCCAACUCCUAAACGGCCUCUACUACCUCCACACAAACUGGGUCCUGCACCGCGACCUCAAACCUGCUAAUAUUCUAGUAACCUCCAGUGGCGCAAUCCGCAUCGGAGAUCUGGGCCUCGCACGCCUCUUCUAUAAACCACUUAACUCCCUCUUCUCGGGCGACAAAGUCGUUGUUACGAUUUGGUACCGUGCCCCUGAACUCCUCAUGGGGAGCCGCCAUUACACACCCGCAGUCGACCUAUGGGCCGUGGGUUGUAUCUUUGCAGAACUCCUCUCCCUGCGGCCCAUUUUCAAAGGCGAAGAAGCCAAAAUGGACAGCAAAAAAACCGUUCCCUUCCAACGCAACCAAAUGAUGCGCAUAAUCGAAAUCAUGGGCAUGCCUCGCAAAGAAACCUGGCCGGGUCUCGUUUCCAUGCCGGAGUACUCCCAGCUCCAAUCCCUCGCGCUAUCGCGCGCCUCGUCGGGCCACCACUUCUCCCGCCCACCGAGCCUCGAAUCCUGGUACACGAACUGUCUGAAAAACGGCGGCUACUCGUCUACCUCGAAUAUCGGGACCCCAGGAGCAGAGGGACUAGAUCUCCUCUCCCGUCUUCUCGAAUAUGAUCCUACGAAACGUAUUACUGCGCAGGAAGCACUCGAACAUCCGUACUUUAAGGAAGGGGGGCCUGUUUCUGCGGAUUGCUUCCAGGGUCUUGAGGGAAGGUAUCCACAUCGGCGGGUUACGCAGGAUGAUGGGGAUAUUAGGAGUGGUUCGUUGCCGGGGACGAAGAGGAGUGGGUUACCGGAUGACAGUUUGUUGGGGAGGGCGGCGAAGAGGCUCAAGGAGUAG